UAAUUCAAUGAAACACGGGCGGUGAUGAUCUAUUUUUAUAUAUGUUACCUUCUUUAAAUAGCCGGUAAUAAAAAUUUCUGGUUGCGAAUAAUUACCAUUAUUUUUAACGCUCCCACGUUUGAGCAAUUUUUUUAUUGGCACGAUCUCGAACUUAAGGUUUGAAGCAUUUAUGCAACGCCUGUAAAUCUUUUUCGUAAGUACGGCUAAUCCUAAACAAUUGACACACUCAUAAUUUCAUGUUUGCUACGGCCCGAUUUAUAGUAAAUGAUCGUGCACCAUCUUUUCAAAAAGUUACUAAAAAAAUCGAUUUACAGUUUAUGAUACUUAUACUCGAAUUGUUUUACAUGUUAAAUAUAUAACUUCUAGUUUUGUUUACAUUUUCAAUUUUAUCACAGUAAAUAAAUUUACGAAGUGGUAGUAGUGCACAUCAAAACCUUUAGAUCGAGCUUAUAUAGAAAUAAAUAAAAUCAUAUUCAUAUAUUGUGGAAAUGGCCCCUAGCAUACCCAAUAAAAAGGCUGCCAGUCCUACCCCUGUUCCAUCAUCCUCAUCGUCACAAUCAUUAUCUAAAUCUAUUAGAAAUUUAACAUUUAAAGCAAGAUUUAAGCAUCAUUAUGGAUCAAAUAAUGAAAAGUAUGAGUCAAUUGUAAAAUAUCGAACAGCAACAGAACAUUACAUGUUUUAUAUUGAUGAAAAAGAUAUAGCUGAACAAAUUAAAGAAAAAGUAUUAAUUCCAAAAGAAUUGAUAACUAUAAAUAUUAAAGAUUUAGGUAUACCGGAUCCUAAACUUAAAGGUAUAGAUAAAAAUCAAAUUCAAAGUACAUUUCAACAAGAACUUGUAUUGAAUCUUAAAAAGAAUUCUUCUACAACUAUGCAAGCUUUAAAAAUCACUCAACCAUUUUCAUUACUGGAUUCAGUAUCUCGUCGUGGUUACCUUAUUAAUGCAGGUGGUAAUAUUACAUCAUCAUCAUGGCUUCAAAGACCAUUGGAUGAUACUAUAAAUGAACAUUAUCUUGCCGUAUCAGUAAUAUAUAAUCAAGAAGGUAUAGAGAAGACAAUAAAUAGUGAAGAAUUAACAUUAUUCCCUAAUAUAAGAGACGAAAAGCAUACCAUUAAAUCUGGUAUUCAAAUAUGGAAAUAUAAUCUUGAUAAUGAUAAAAUUGAAUUAAUAAAGUUUUAUGUAACUACAGAUAUUGGUGCAACUAAUAAUCUUAAAUGGUUACCUAUACAUAUAAAAGGUGAUAAGAAAUCAUUAGGUAUUCUAGUGGGGAAUUUCACUGAUGGUCGUAUACAUCUUUUAAAAGUAUCAUCCGGUGGACCUCAAUUUGCCGAAAUAAAUGAACCUUCACUUACAUAUUCCAUACCUCCAACUGCAGGUCUUGAAAGUUCAAUAACAUGUUUCGAUUUUGUAGGUCAUAAUAAGAUUCUCGUAGGAUUAUCUGAAGGAAGUCUUGCUGAAUUUGUUUUACCGUAUUAUGAUUUAAAAUCUCCUGAGAAUUCUUUUCAAAUCCCAUCAUUUAUAUCACGAGUUGCUAAUACUGCCAUAUCAUCUAUUAUGGUAGCUGAAGUAGAAUCAAAUCGAUCUGUAGUAAUAGUGAAUUCCCUUGGAGUUCAAACUCUUGCCUUUGAAUAUCUGAAUUUCAUCCAAGGUUUAGCCUUACCUUUAUUUACUAGAUCAUCAGUAGUACCUUCAUAUAAUCCUAAUCUUAAGAUAUAUCUUUGGACUCCAAAUCCUGAUACUACAGGAUUUAAUUUUAUAAGGAAUCCUGAAGAAGGUGCUAAUAUAUUAAUGAAGAUAGAUUCUUUCGUAACGGCUCUAAAAGUAUCGGAAAGAAUUGGUCAUCCAUUGAGCUUGACUGGAUCAGCUGGAGGUGACUUAUUUGUGGUUAAUUAUACUAGAAAAUUCUUAAAUGGUGGUAAGACUUCAAGUAAAACAACAAAGGUUUUAAAAUUAUGGAAAUUAAGAUUUAAAGAAAGUUUAGAGGUUGAUGCUGAUUAUGUUUUAAUGCCUAAUGAAGUAAACUCCCAAUUCCCAGUAGAACCACCACAAACAGUUAUAUCUACAAUAGAUUGGAAUGAAAAUCUUCUAGGUAGUUCUUUGUAUAGUGCAGGAACUUUAUCAGGUCUCCUUAUAGUAGAAAGGUUAGAUCCCAAAGCAUAAUAUUAAUAUAUAGCUAUAUAUUAAUGUAUA